GUUGCAACUAUGUUGCUAUUUUGCGCGUUCAGUCUUGCUGUAUCGUGGAUUUAUCUGCCAAGAGAGGUUAGCUGCUCGACUCGAGAGUACUUUAUUGCAGCUGUAGAAAGAAACUGGGAUUAUGCACCCAGUGGGCAAAACAAGAUCAAAGGAAUUCCACUUAUAAACGACAGUCUGCGGGGAGUCAAGAGGCUGGCCACAGAAUACAAGAAGGUGCUGUAUCGAGAGUUCACUGAUGAAACGUUUUCUCAAGAAAAAGCUCAUCCACCACACCUCGGCUUUCUGGGUCCAGUCAUAAAAGGAGAAGUAGGUGAUACAAUAAGGGUCCACUUUAAGAACAUGGCUCGCAGGCCCUUCACCGUUCACCCCCAUGGGCUUUUUUACAGCAAGGCCGCAGAAGGAUCCCUUUACGCUGAUCACAGUAGUGCCGAUCAAAAGAGAGAUGACAUGGUCGGACCUAAUGAGGAAAAUACAUACAAUUGGUUUAUAAAUGAACAUCACGCGCCUACAGAGUCAGACGAGGAUUGCGUCACCAGAAUGUACCAUUCCCACGUGAUUUCUCCGAAGGACACGAACACUGGAUUAAUAGGGCCGUUGUUGAUUUGCAAGCGAGGUGCUUUAAUGGCAAACAGUGUUCAAAGGAAAAAUGUAGACCAUGAAUUUGUCCUUCUCUUCACCGAGAUGAACGAGAAUGAGAGCUGGCUGUUGGAUGACAAUAUUGACAGCUUUUUGCCUGAUCCAGCGGCGAGAAAAGCCCUGAAAGCUGACCCAGAAUUUCAAGCCAGCAACAAAAUGGCCUCGAUUAAUGGUUUCAUCUAUGGCAACUUGCCAGGACUGGACAUGUGUCAAGGAGACAAGGUCAGCUGGCAUAUGAUUGGUCUUGGAACUUGGAGCGAUGUUCACAAUCCCUCGUUCCAUGGACACACUGUCAUGAUCAGUUCUCACCGCACAGACACAGCAACGCUCCUUCCAUCUACUUUCAUUACAGCCUUUAUGAGAGCUUUGAAUCUGGGCACUUGGCUGCUAAACUGUAUGAACAGCAAGUUCUUUGAUAAUGGAAUGGCAGCGUUCUUUAACGUCCAAAACUGUAGUAAGAGAAUGGACCUACCUAACGUUAGCGGUGGGAAGACAAGAAUCUAUUACAUUGCAGCCGAAGACCAGCUUUGGGAUUACGGGCCAACUGGUCAAAAUAACAUCGACGGAAUGCCAUUAACCUCUCCUAAAAGUGAAUCUUUCCAGUAUUUCACUCGCUCUGGUAACAGAAUAGGAGGGCAAUACAAGAAAGCAGUGUAUGUAGAGUAUACAGAUGACACUUUUACAAGCAAAAAGAAUCGAUCCGCUGAUGAAGAGCAUCUAGGAUUCCUAGGUCCUGUGAUCCGUGCUGAAGUUGGCGAUGAAGUCAAGGUUGUUUUCAAAAAUAAGGCAAGUCGAAAUUACACCAUACACCCUCUAGGUGUAUUUUACGACAAAGCUAACGAAGGAUCUCAGUACCAGGACGGUACAACUGGGAAUGAAACUGCUGAUAACGCGAUAGCACCAAAUGGAACAUACUCGUACAGAUGGAUAGUGCCUGACUCUGUGGCACCGGCAGAGAAUGAUCCUGCGUGUCUAACAUGGAUGUAUUACUCAAAUGUUGAUUCAACCAGGGACAUACAUAGCGGGCUGAUUGGACCUCUUCUUAUUUGCAAAAAUGGAACCUUGGACCGGAAUGGCAAACAGCGAAACAUCAAUCGCGAGUUCUUCCUUCGGUUCGCUUUAACCGACGAAGGACAGUCCUGGUACUUGACUGAUAACAAAUAUCUAGCAAACAAUGGAUCUGCCAUCGACGAAAAUGACUCCAGCUUCAAGAAGAGUAACCAGAUGAGAAAUAUCAAUGGAUACAUGUUUGGAAAUUUACCUGGUCUGCGCAUGUGCAAAGGCGAUAAUAUAUCAUGGCAUUUCAUGGGCGGUCCCGCGAGUCAAAUGCACGCAGUGUACUUUUAUGGAAACACCUUUACUAGAAAUGGAAACAGCCAUGAUACACUUGGAAUAAUGGAAGGAUCACUGGAAAGCGUGCGAAUGACUCCAGGAAAUCCGGGAGUGUGGAAAUUAAUUUGUCGUGCGAACAGCAAUCUCCGAGGAGGAAUGGUUGCUAAGUAUACCGUUUCAGAGGAUUGCGGGAAGAAGUCUGCAGCUAAGGCAAUGAGUGGACGGAAGAGGGUGUAUCAUAUUGCAGCGGUUGAAGAAACAUGGGAUUACGCGCCAUCUGGGAAAGACUUGAUUGAGGGAGUCGAUCUCAAAGACAGCGAGUUCGCUCCUCGUUACACGAUACCAGGUCCACAUUUUAUUGGACGCAAAUACAAGAAGGUCAUCUACAGAGAAUUCACGGACGCCACAUUUACCAAACAGAAACCAAGAAAGAAAGAAGAAGAGUAUCUGGGUAUUAUGGGACCGAUGAUUAAGGCUGAAGUAGGAGAUACAAUUGAAGUUGUGUUUAAGAACUUGGCAACAAGACCGUACUCGGUACAUCCUCACGGAAUCUUGUACAGCAAGCAGGACGAAGGUUCAUCCUACAAAGAUAACACAACGGGGACAGAUACCGCAGACAAUGCUAUUGCUCCUGGGAAACUUUAUAACUACAUAUGGAAAGUGUCUGAACGAUCGGGGCCUGGGCCUGCGGACACGGCAUGUCUAACAUGGGCGUACUUUUCUGAUGUGGAUCCAGUCAAGGACACUAACACUGGUUUAGUAGGGCCGCUGAUCAUUUGUAGGAAGGGAAUUUUGGAUAGAGAUGGUCAAAGAAUUGACGUUGACCGUGAGUUUUCACUGAUGUUUGUUACGAUGGACGAGAACAACAACUGGUACAUAGAUGAAAAUAUUAAAUAUCUGACUGAAGAUCCAGGACCCUUAAACGAACUCAAAGCGAGUUUUGAUUUUUGGGAAAGCAACCUAAAGGCGGCCAUAAACGGGUACGUGUUUGGAAACAUGCCACCACCAACAAUGUACACCGGGGAGAAAGUUGUCUGGUACCUGCUUCAAGUUGGAGGCAUGACCGAAAUGCAUACAGUACAUUUUCACGGCCAGAGCAUUUUGUAUAAAUCGCUAAGUUAUCAUCGGGGCGACGUCUACGACCUGUUACCGGAAACGUUUGCCACUGUUGAAAUGAUUCCUGACGCUGUUGGAACUUGGAUGGUACACUGUCAUGUGAAUGUUCACAUAACUGGUGGAAUGCAGGCACUCUUUACUGUCUUAGAACCAACAAGUGCGCCAACCAAGAAGCUACACCCACCUACUUCUGGCACUUCAAGAAUUAUUACUUCCUUCACACUGUUGUCGAUUGCGCACACAGUUUUUGUUUUGUAGAAUAUCUCUUCUCACGAGUUGUACAUUUUCGAAGAAAACGAGAUUUCUCAAUUUAGUUUUAAAAGUCCCGCAAGUUUUACACGUGUAGUCUCGACUCUCAGAGAACACUUUUUUUAUCCAAGUUCUUGAGGAGACUUACAGUCAAUACAUCACCAUUUCCUAACCCUGUAGAUGACUUUCAAUCCGAACCACCUUUGUUGCAACAGCCCGUUAUUCUGUGUGACUUACUUUACAAGCAUUUGUGCAGGACCUGACGGCUUUUUUCCGGACUGGCUCACGUCAACCUGUCCAGCCCUGAACACUUUACUAUGGUUUGCUACGGGAAUGCGCGCGAGGCCGUACCGUUCAUAUGAUAAUUACUAGUAGAUCUCUGCUCCCGAUCACUUUCAUACGGUUUCCUAUUUCCAUUUCCACUGUUCAGGUUUUGUUAAAGGUGGAGAGGAAUUCAAUCGACUUUAAAAGGACUUAUGAAAGAAUGACAGUUACCCUAUUCUAAUCGGAUUCUCUGUCUGCAAUAAUUUUUUAAUUUCAAAAGGUGGUGUUUUGUUUUUGGCUCCCUUCCUGCUUAAUAAUUCAUCU